AUGCCGAGUGAGGUCGAAUGGGGGUUUUGGGACGGCAAGGAAGAAUCAGGAGAGGGAUGGAAUGCGUUUGAUGGGGUUUCGACUGCAGAAGAGAUCGGGAGCUACGAGACAUAUCUGCGCAGAGUCCAUUACGCGCUCGCAAAGCUGGAAGAAGAGAUUGACCUUGAGCCGCAUGCGGUGCUCGGCAUCGCAAUAUCCGAUGCCCGCACAAUGAACCUCAAAGCCGAAGAUGCCAAGCCUGAAUUGGAGUUUGAGAGUAUGGGGGCGUUUGUGGAUGGGGUGAAGGAGGCUAUGGGAAGCGAGGGGUAUCAGGAGUGGGGUCUCGAGGGUUAG